UAGUUAUUUCGAUAACAAACUCGGUUUGAUCACUUUCGAAUAUCAGCUGUUUGCUCUACUCCCAUACAUAAAUAAAUAAAGAAAUGCUGCGGAAUAUAAAAAAUUCCUUUAGAAUAUCUCAACGGUUGGCAAGUAAUGCUGCUGCUUCGGGAUCAAAUAAUGCAAAGGAUUACCUCCUGGUUAAGGAAUCAGAUGGUGUUCGUGAGAUCACCUUGAAUCAUCCGAAAACAUUGAAUUCCCUCUCAUUGGAAAUGAUGACGGCCUUACAUGAAGCCAUGCUCAAGGAUGCGAACAAUAUUAAUUUGCGUUGUGUUGUCCUUGCGGCAAAUGGCAAAGUUUGGUCAGCUGGACAUAAUCUCAAGGAAUUGCAGGCCAAUCCGGCGAUCAAGAAAGAUGUAUUCCAAAAGUUAACCGACAUUGUCCUAGACAUACGAAAAUUGCCGGUGCCGGUUAUAGCGAAAGUCAAUGGAUUUGCCGCCGCAGCUGGAUGCCAAUUGGCUGCCUCCUGCGACAUUGUUGUCUGCACCACGUCCAGCAAAUUCUCCACACCAGGAGCCGGUGUGGGAAUCUUUUGUAGUACUCCCGGUGUGGCCAUUAGUCAGGUUAUGCCACGUCCCAAGUCGGCAUAUAUGCUAAUGACUGGUUUGCCCAUCAGUGGUGUGGAUGCCUAUGUGGCCGGUUUGGCUACCAAAGUGGUGCCCGAGGCUGAGCUUGAUAAGGAAAUCGAUGAAAUCACUCAGUCCAUUAGAAUAAAAAGCCGUGCUGUGAUUUCUUUUGGCAAAAAGUUCUAUUAUGAACAACUAAAUAUGCCAGUCGAGGAGGCAUAUCUUCAAGCUGGUGCGAAAAUGUGUGACAACCUCGAAAUGACCGACUGUCGGGAGGGUAUAACAAGUUUCAUAGAGAAACGUAAGCCCACCUGGAAACAUGAAGACUAAAAGCCAAAAAUAUCUCUUGUUGAAACUGUUGUUAAAUAGGCUAUACCAAUUGUGCAUUUACGUUUUUAAAAACAGUCUUUUAAAUUGUUUAUAAACUUUUCCAUGUGAAUUUAA